AUGGGAUCCUGCUAUGACUAUUUGUUCUACUCGUUUUUCAAAUCUCUGGUGGGCAAAGAUGUCGUAGUGGAGUUGAAAAAUGAUCUCAGUAUCUGUGGCACACUUCACUCAGUGGACCAGUUCCUCAACAUAAAGCUGACAGACAUCAGCGUGACGGACCCUGACAAAUACCCACACAUGUUGUCUGUGAAGAACUGCUUCAUCAGAGGCUCGGUUGUGAGGUAUGUGCAGCUGCCGGCAGACGACUGCGACACACAGCUGCUGCAGGAUGCAGCGAGGAAAGAGGCAGCGCGGAACAAACAGCGAUAACACAGGUUAUCAUGACAACCACAUGGGCAUGGUCCAGCGGGGUCGGAAUGUAGCAUGGAUACCGAGAAACUGCUGUCCAGUUUAUGUGCUGGAGACCGACCAGUGGGAGCCUCGCGGGGGGCUUUCUUAUUCAGGGACAUCAGGACUAUCAGUCUCGACAAUCGCCUCUGAGCAUGACUGAUUGAAUGAGCUGAGUGAUUAGCAGCUCUGUGACUGUUCUCAGAAAUUUCUUUGUACUAGAUAUGCUCAUUUUGUGAAGGACAAAUUGAUGUGAUCAGAUCAUGACAGAUGCCAAGACUAAUGGAAGAACUGCCAAAUCAUUACAUGAAGGGAUACAAAAUCGAUGCUGAUUGGCUGACAGUGGCGAUCAAAUCUUCUGGGACACACCUUGCAGCUUUGGUCAUGCCUGAAUAAAACUGUCACAACAAACACUCAGCUCAUGGUCUCUCACACUAGCCAAUCAGAAACAAUUCUGUAUCCCAUUAGCAUUUAGCGUGGUAUUUUAUGCUAACACAUAUGGGAAACCACCAAGGAUUCAGCAUGGUUUUUAUGUGAUGUUUUUUUUUAGUUUUCUCUUGUGUUUAAUAAACUUUAUACUCCUUAUGCUCGUUAAUGAUAUAUAAAGCUGCAGGAGACUGGCAGCCAUGUUUCAUCUUUAAAGGGCGUCAUCUUUAAACUUGAACUGCAGAACAUAUUAGGAUCAUGUAAACAAAUGAUAAUUAGAAAUACUCUGCAGUUCUUAAUUUUCGCAUAUAACUAAUGUUCGUGGAUUUUGCGGUCAAUAAUUUACCAUGAAAAAUAAUUCCAGCGAAAAAAAUAAUGUAGUAGUCAUAAUGGAGUGAAACUUUGCCAGGGUGACGGUAGUUGCGCUAAGAAAGCCCGACGGGCCAUCUAAAUUUCUUAACAGUAGGAAAGGGAAAUUAUGGUUUAAAUAUAUUCAGACUCUGGUGCUAAGGGCUGGUGGGUAUAAAACAAAGUGGUUUAUUUGUCUUUAGUUUGAUCAAUCUUCGCUAUACCCAUAAAGUGAAAGAAAAGUACUCGCUAUCCCAUUGGCUAUGUCUCUCCUGUGGUCCAAUGAGUGAGCUUCUAACAAAUUGUGAAGUGUGUACAACAACACAAUGGCUGUUUGACAGCUACGGCAAUGUUUGCGCUUUCUGACCUGCAGCAGAGGACGAUUAAAACUGAAAACAAGGCAGAACUUACCGUGUUGAUAAAGAAUGAGUGACCAGCGCCAAUAAUGGUGAAUUCAUAUGUUUUGCAUUAAACGGCUUAAAAGGUGACAGGUCACUUUGCCCUGUGUUUGAAAGUACUCAUCAAUGAUUUGAAAAGAAGUGACACCUGUUUGAGUACUGCUCACAGUACUGCUCACAGUAGGGGCAAAAGUAAUCUUCUUAUAUAGUGAUAAUCCAUCCCCAUUGUUUUAAUCUCUGAUCUAGAUCACGAGGAUUAGCGACACUGCCGGAAACAAAAGAGGAUUAAAGCCACUCAUGAUGAUACCUGUUUUACUUACUUGAAUGAUUUCAGCUAUAUUAUGUCUUGGAAGAUUUUAAGAUCUGUUUUUCAGUAUUCUCUUAAAUAUGCGAAAAUUAAUUCCCGCAAACAUAUUUUUUAAGAAAAUCUGGGAAAAUAAAUUCCUGCGAAUAAUAAGUACUGUACAGUAAUAUUCCCUCAAUACCAAAUAAAUAUUUAGCCAACCUGUGGAUUAUGCAGGCGUAGCUAAUGUCAAAGCCCGAGCGUAAAAUAACCAUGAAAGCAAUGUUAAGGUAACAUCAGGUGUAAUAUUCCAAAAAGUACUGCAUGUAUUGAGCUAAGGUUUUGUGUGCAUGUAAUGCACCAUAACAUGAGGGGAUUCUGCCAGUGUGUAUCAUGAUGGGACUGAUAUGGGCAAUAAACGAAAAAUUGGAAAGGAGACCCCCUGAUUUCAAAUUUUGGCUUAUUCCGUCUCCUGUAUAAAUCAAUCACAUUAUUGAUUUAUUGAUAUCAUCAAGAUAUGAAAUAUGGCUUAUGUGGUGUUAAGCUAUAAACAUUCAUUCAUUCAUUCACAUGAUGUUUUCAAACUGUGGACAAGGUAGGUUAGCCGAGCACACUGGCAAU